AUGCCAAAGGAAAUCUCUUCGCUUGCUGUUCCAGAGUCUAAAUUACAGCUGCUAUUAUCGGCUACUCCGUUCAUCGGAACAAAUUUGGAGACACUAAAAGCAAGGAUACUUUCUGAUAAUUUUCAUGCUUUCAAAGUUGAUCAACUGAAAGAAAUGAUUAAAUUUCUCAGAACACACGCUGGCAGGCGGGAUUUAGCACUUUCGGGAAACAAAUCGGAUCUUGUUGCUAGGCUUUCUGUAGCCUUUUUUCAACCUGGACAACCUACUUCUUCUUCAUCAUCCACAGCCUCUUCAUCUAACACCUCUUCAAGCACACCACCACCAUCAAAAACAACCUCUCAACCUAAAUCAUCCUCUUCUUCUAAAUCAAAAAUUACAAGUAUGAGUCCCCUGAACUCUCUCAACCUACAAGUCGUGAGGAAGGAGGAGAAUACACUAAUGGAACUCUUUAAAAACGACAUGUCCAUAGGUGGGAAAAUUGAUCCACAUCAUCAUGGUGAAAGGUUUUUAUAUAUCAAAGUGUUCAAAAACGAAAAUGCAAAUUUUUCACUGGAUUUUACACUGUCACAAGAAGAAUUUACCAAGCUGACGACGCCAACAGAGAAUUAUCAAAUUCAAAUUCAUUAUUUUUCACAUGAUAUGAAACCUAAAAAUUGGAGUACGGAAUAUUGGAUUGUUGCGAAUGGAAUACAUAAAUUGGAGCCUCCAGCUAUGAACAGGAAGAUUGCAAAGGGUAUAAAAAAAGAUUUACUAAUCGUCUCUACACCCUUUGUGGUAAAAGGAAAUCAAAUAGUAUCAGGUAGUAAUAGGCUUGAUAUUAAAUCCGGACCAUACUGCAUGUUAGAUGGUAGAUUGUUUGUUAUUCUUACAAAAAUAUUGACAACAGAACAACUUGUAAAUAUAAUUGAAUCACAAGUUCCCACAAAACAUAAUUUAGAUUUAGGAGAUAAUUUAGAAACAUCAGCCAAUGAUAAUACCUUAAACUCCUUAUAUAUUCAAACUACACCCACAAAAUCUGAUCAUUUAGCCAUACCGCAACAAGAAGAAAACACUACCACCACUCCAUAUUAA